UGUUUCAACGCCUAUCCAGAGAACGCAUUGGCUGGAUAAGAACUAUUUCUCCUCACUCGACUACUGUUUCACAAACUUAUUUUAGAUUUUUUACUUGAUAUUUUAUAUCACUUUUUUACCAGUGCAUCGAAGAAAGACGCACAGCUCAUUCUGAAAUCGCUUUUGCGCUGGAAAUCCUAUGCGUAAUGGUAAUCUCCAAAGGACACUGAACGGCAAAACUUUUCGCUUUUAAGCUUUUAACCUACCUCACUUUCAAACAAAAAUGCAGCUCGUUUUCUAUGUGUCAGUAUUGUUUUGCUUAAAUUACGUGGUCGCGGAUACUAAAGCAAAGUGUCCGGAGCGCUGCGAUGUGAGCAUGUGUCCGAGUCCGAGCUGUCCGAGCGGUUAUGUUCCCGAUCGCUGCAACUGCUGUCUGGUGUGCGCGCAGGGCGAGGGCGAGCCCUGCGGCCGUAAAGACGAUCUGCCCUGCGGGGACGGGCUGGAGUGCAAGCAUCCGUCUGGAAAGAGGCUGUCCAAAGGCGUAUGUCAGUGCCGGUACAGAAGUAAAGUGUGCGGUAGUGACGGCAACACGUACGGUAACAUCUGCCAGCUGAAAGCCGCGAGCAGGAAAGCGCUGCAGCAGGGUCUGCCCGGAGUCUCCAACUUACACAAAGGACCCUGUAAAACGGAUCAAGGUCCCACACAUCCCAGCAGCCCAAGGUACAAAUUUAACUUCAUUGCUGACGUGGUGGAGAAGAUCGCCCCUGCUGUGGUGCACAUUGAGCUGUUCCUCAUUCACCCCCUCUUUGGCCGAACAGUUCCACUAUCGAGUGGAUCAGGCUUUGUAAUGUCAGAGACAGGCCUGAUUGUGACCAAUGCCCAUGUGGUGUCCAGCACCACGCCCGUGUCGGGUCACCAGAGACUCAAAGUACAGAUGCGUGAUGGAGACGUGUAUGAGGCCACUAUCAAAGACAUCGAUAAGAAGUCUGACAUCGCCACUAUCAAAAUCAACCCAGAGAAAAUGUUGCAGGUUUUAUUACUAGGUCACUCUGCAGACCUGCGGCCGGGGGAGUUUGUGGUGGCCAUCGGCAGCCCUUUUUCGCUGCAGAACACAGUGACGACAGGAAUUGUCAGCACAGCACAGAGAGAUGGGAAAGAACUGGGUCUCCGGGACUCAGACAUGGAUUACAUCCAGACAGAUGCUAUCAUCAAUUAUGGGAACUCAGGUGGACCGCUUGUCAAUUUGGAUGGAGAGGUAAUUGGUAUUAACACCCUGAAGGUGGCUGCAGGAAUCUCCUUUGCCAUUCCUUCAGACAGAAUCACUCGCUUUUUAAAUGAUUCUCAGGGAAAGCAAAACAAAGGUACAUGGACAGACUCGCUGACACUAAACGUGUGCUUUAUUCUUGUCGGAUUAAAUGUCUUAAACCACGUGGCAUGUGUUUCAGAGGUGAGAUCAGUGAAGAAACGUUUCGUUGGAAUUCGAAUGCUCACCGUCACUGAAGCCCUCGUGGAAGAGCUGAAGCAGCAGAAUCCAGAUUUCCCUGAAGUCAGCAGUGGGAUCUAUGUUCAUGAAGUGGUUCCUCACUCCCCUGCUCAGAAAGGGGGCAUCAGAGACGGUGACAUCAUCGUUAAGUUGAACGGAGAGCCGCUGAUGAGCACCAGUGACUUGAAAGAAGCGCUCAACAGAGACACGACCCUGCUGCUGGAGGUGCGCCGUGGCAACGACGACCUGCUCUUCAACAUCGAGCCUGAUGUCAUCAUGCAGUGAUGUCAUCAUCUGCGAAUGUAAACCAUCAAGGACCACAUUGGUUUAAUCAUGUGCAUUCAAGGCCAAAGGGAAGUCGGUGCAUCAUAAACACCAAAGAUCUCUUGAACAAGCAGAGAGAAAGCUAACAAUCAGGUCAAAUCUCUGCAAAAGAGUUUAUAUGAAAAGCACUUCAUCUAGUGCUGUCUCUUGAAGCAGGUUUAAAGAGAAGACUGAUUUAUGGAAACUUCCAGUACUGUAUUUUGUAGAGAAGACAAAGCUGGUGAUAUUUGUGCAGUUUUGCAUUUGUGAGAGAACCGGUCAACCCACAAUGAAAUGUCAGGAGGAAUUUCAUCCAAAUAAAUUUCUUGAAUAUUAUGAAACCUAAAUACAAAUGAAUGAGGAUUUAAAAUAUGAAGACUUGUUUCUCUUCCUCAAACUAUCAAUGCUCAAUCUGUGUUGUGACACCAGUGGCAUGAAUAAAUCGCUGUGCGGGGAUUUCUUCUUUUUUAGUAUCAAGUUUUAUAUCGUUUGAUAUUUUUUAUGUUUUCGUAUAAGCCGAUAUCAAAAUGAGAGAUCAUCUUCUGUUCACAUUUUUAUCAAUCUGUACAUUUUUUUAUUAGAUGUUUUUGUUUAAUCCAUUACACAAUGAUUAUGGAUUUUGACAUUCAGCUGGAUCUAUGAAAUAAAC